AAGCGCAACAAACACUCCACUCAGAGAGGACAUAUUGACCGGUGGACCUGAUUCAUUAACUUAGUCAUUGUGGGGCAAAGUUGGACAUCGCUGCAUCUCUUUUCUGCUCAGCAUCCUGACAUUUUCUCGUCGAAGCUGCAGGACAACUUUUUGUUCAAAUAUACAUUUUUGCAUGUUUUGGUGGGUUCGUCAGUUGAAACAGUAGCCAAUAGCUAAGUCAUAAGGCAAAUUACUUUUUGGUAUUGCAACAAUACGGCUGAUACACUAAAACAGUGAGUUUUUAAAGAUGAGUUCUUAGAAAGUCCCUGAACACAGAUUUUUAAUUUUGCUCUCAUCAAUGUUUUUUUCUCGGAUAAAAUCAUCGAAGGACUAUUAGUUGAAGGGAAACUCAAGCUAAAGAGUUUCUGGACCACAAAGUCAACAAACUGGUUUUAAGUGAAACAUCAGACUGGUUUCUUUGGGUCACACAAGUGUUUCAGAUCAGGAGUGGCGUUCAGGUUCUGGAUUUAUUCUUUAUUGAAAAUUGUAUUUAAAUGAUUUUUUUUUCCAUACAGAAGCAAUCUGUUUUCCUACAUUUCACCUUUUAUGGAAUUGGGAUAAAUGAUUCACAUGACCCUGCGAACAAUGCUGAGUAACAAAUUCCCAGCAUGUGUGAGAAUAGGCGGGUGCUUCUGCAUAUGCUGCUUUACAUUGGAAUCCAUGUGACCCUGAGUAGUAUGAACAGCUGAGAGGGAACCCAAAGUUCAUAUAUAAAGGUGGUGGAUGCACAAGUGAGAGCUGGUCCGUGACAAACCUUCGAGUUCACAGGAUGAAUACCCUGCAGACUGUGUUUCUCUUGGCUAUGUGCCUGUCGGUCGGCCAGUCCUUGGACUACAAGGCACUCAAUCAGUUCAGAAAUAUGAUCCUGUGUGUGAUGCCUGAUAGCUGGCCUCUUUUCGACUACGCUGACUAUGGCUGCUAUUGUGGAAAGGGAGGCUCCGGCAAACCUGUGGAUGAACUGGACAGAUGCUGCCAGGUUCAUGAUCAGUGCUACACCGAUGCCAUGCAGCACUCUGAGUGCUUCCCCAUCUUGGAUAACCCUUACACCGAGCUGUACUACUACAGCUGUGAUGAGGAAAACAGGGCGAUCACUUGUGGCAGUUGGAACGACGAAUGCGAGAUGUUCAUCUGUGAGUGUGACAGAAAGGCUGCAGAGUGUUUUGCCAGAGCACCUUGGAUCCCUGAGCACGAGCACCUCCCCAGUGACCAGUGCCAAUAAACUUUCAGCAAUGUUGAAUGUGGAAGUUGGUCUUUAAUGCAACACAAAAGUAACAAAUCAGAAGCUAACAGUACAUUCAAACGGACAUUACCACAUUGCUUACUUUGGGGAUUAUGGUUUAUUUCUGGAAUCAUCUGAUUAUUUCUGUAUGUAGUGAGUGUCUUUGACGCUUUUAAAGUCCAGCUUCAUUGCAUGUUUUACUUACUGAAGGCCAUGCCACCAUGUAAAGCCAUACUGCCCUGCUGAUGCCUGAUCCUUUCAGAUCUCAGAAGCUAAGUGUGGUAAGACCUGGUCAGUAAAUGGAUGGGAGACCUCCAGGAAGGCUGGGUGAAUACAGUGUGUGGUUGGUGGUGAUUGGCAGGUCUGAUGGCGUAGACUGGCGGCCUCGCUUCCGCCAGGAUAUCUGUGGCUGCUUCCAUAGCUUUCCCCCUCCAAGUAUGGAAUGAAUGAACAAAGCAAUUGUGAAGUGACUCUUCGUGUCCAGAAGAGUGCAAAAUAAAACCAAUGCGUUACUUUUACUUCUUGUAUACAUCCUUGAUAUUAUUUACUAAACAUGUUACCAACAUUAGGGACACUUCAAUCUUUUCCUUUUCUGGCUAAUUCAAAGAAACCAGGAAAAUGACUCAGGUAAAACCUUGCCAUACAAUAUCAGCUGUACACUGUUCAGUUUUUUUUGUAAAUACAAACAAGUAAAGUAAUUUUUGUUCAAU